AUGGGUGGGUGGGUGGGAGGACUCACAGUCAUACUCUGUUGUCUCUGGGGGUCUCCCCGUCUCUCCCCCGCAGUGGACGGGCGCUGGUCGGAGUGGGGGGAGUGGUCCACUUGCACCCGGCCGGGUUACACCGGGAGCAUCAGCUGCCGGGAGAUCGUGGGGCAGCAGAGGCGGACGCGGGAGUGCAAGGGCCGCAGCCCCGAUGGGAAGCGCUGUGAGGGCAGUACUAUCCAUAUCCGCAGCUGCUACAACAUGUUUCGGUGCAAACUGGAGGGCCAGUGGUCCGACUGGAGUCCCUGGGGUCUCUGCCUCCCACCCUGCGAGAAGAACUCCAUGAAGUCUCGGAAGCGCGUUUGCCAACCCACGUACCCCAAAUUUUCGAUGGAGACCCAGGGAGUGGGGAGCACCGGGUCGGUAAACGUCAGCUUCUGGGGCAAACCCUGGCCCCAGUGCGAGCCCGUCAACGGGCAGGCCCUGGAGGAGGAGGACGGUGAGCUGGGGGGAGGCUGA